UCCCGCUGCGGAUCCGGGGAAUCAUGGGGAAGCUCCAGCAGUUCGAGAUCACCUUCGACAAAAGCAAAGUGAUGUACAGUCCGGGAGAGUCCAUCUCCGGGACCGUGAACAUCAAAGUGGGCCAGGCGCUGCCCUGCAAAGCCAUCAAAGUGAACUGCAAUGGUUUCUGUGGCAUCACUACCAAAGUGAAUGACACGGCGUGGACGGUGGAGGAGCAGUACUUCAACAGCACUAUCUCUGUCUCAGACAAAGGAACACUGAAACAGGGAGAACACACUUUUCCAUUCAAGUUUCUCAUACCAGCCUCGGCUCCAACAUCCUUUGAAGGCAACUAUGGUAAAAUCAUUUACAGAGUGAGGGCUUUUAUUGAAACACCACGUUUUGCCAAGGACUACAACGCUGAGAAGGCUUUCUACCUGCUCAGACUCCUGAACCUGAAUGAAGUGCCAGACAUAUGGGGAAUCUGCUUAUCUGAAGUGAAGCAGCAGUUCACCUACAUGCUGGUGAAAACGGGCACAGUCGUCCUGAAGGCUCAGACUGACAUGAAGGGUUAUACACCGGGCCAGAUCAUCCAGGUGACAGUCAACAUCCACAACCAGUCUGGGAAAAAUACAGGCAACAUGGCGGCCAGCCUGAUGCAGAGAGUGACCUAUGAGACGAAGAGGUCCACGCAUGAUCUGAGAAACAUAGUGGAUGUGGAGGGAGGCGCCGUGAAGGCCGGCAAGGAGGUGGAGUGGAAGGAGCAGAUCAUCAUUCCUCCUCUUCCACAGUCCUCGCUGGCAGGCUGUGAUCUGAUAAAGAUUGAAUAUUACGUUAAAGUCAGUCUUAAAUCUCCAGACGUCAUGCUGACACUACCCAUCCACAUCGGGAACGUCUCACUUGACAAAAAACGGCACCCUUCAAAAAAAGCUGCAAAUUCUUCCUCUGCUGCAGCUGAGGAUACACCAUGCCCCGGGGUGUCGAGCCCUGACAGCUCCACCUCUGCCACCACUCCCACACUGCCCCAUCGCCCUGCCCCAAAACCGGCUCCCCGUCCCACCCCUCGCCCCAGGGUGUCUUCCCAUAAUUCCCCCAGUGCUCCUCCAGCUGAGUACCGCCUUGGAGCAGAGGGUGGGGCUCCAGUGAACGAUGGCUUCCCCAACAAGCGGCAGUCUCAGCUGGUGUCACCCAAUGCUUUCAGCUAUGCCCCUGGGCUGUUUUUCCCCCAGAACCAGCCACCCAGUGGACCUGGCAUUGCAGCCAGUGGCUCCACAGGGGCCACAGCACCUUACCCAUCUGAGAAUGCUACUAGCUCAGCACCAACAGCACUCAUCCUGCCUCCAGAGUAUGACACCUCAGCUUAUCCUCAAGCUGCUUUCAGACAUCUACUGAACUCUGCAGAUCAUCUGGAGAAACUCGGAGGUGUAUGUGUGAACGCAAAUGUCCAAGUCAGAGCCUCCAGAGUUUCUGAGGACGUUCUCCAACUGGCCCCCUAAAGUCUGCAGAAUGUCCGGAGCAGUUGAUAGGCUCCUCCAUCUUAUGAUGAGAGCUGCAACACAUGAAGUGGAUGAAGACCGAAGACGCUCAAAAACCAGGAGGAUCAUCAAUUCACUAUAAUUCUACAAUAUCAAACAAAAUGUCUGACUGAAACUGCAGUUCCUCUGGUUUUGGAAAUCAUGUCAUCAUCAUGCAGAGUAUGGUCAUGGUAAAACGUUAGUAACCACUUGGACCAAAUAAUUACCAGACACGGAGCAAACAUAUUGUAACCUGGUGUGAUUAUUUAACCCACAGACUUUGUAUAAGUUUCAAAUGUUUCUAAAUGUACAAUAAUCAGCAUUUUGAAUUGAAGUGAAUUGACCUCAGACCCUGCUGCCCAGUGAACAAGUAGCUUAAUAUAACCUAAUGGGGUUUAUCCUUGCCACAGCUAAUCAACAGUCUUUUUUUUUUAUGUUUAUCUAUGUUUUACUUUUGUUUUUUUUUAAGCACUUUUAAUGAGAGGAAAAAGAGGAGGAAUCUGCAGAAUUAUAUUUUCUGUUCUUUUUACUGAAACUGAAGUCAAGCUUUUAAUUGUGGGUCACUUGGCAGUAGAUGACGUCUGUAAUGUCAGGUUUUGAAAGUUUCAUGUAGGAACAUUGGCACAAAACAAUUCAUCUAGUAACUAGUUUCAUAUUUUCAAAGGCUAACGGGUGAAAUCAUCUCAAUUUGUUGAAUAUUUAAGUCUAGAGCAAAGACGUGAUUUGCAAAGAUCCCUUUUUAUUUGCUUUUAAUCAGGAGUUUUCAGAUUUAUGACACAAUUCAGAUGUUGUUACAAGUUGUCUAUACUUACAUUUCUAAAGAUAUAGUGUGGAUCCAACUCAACAUCUAAAGAUAUUGGAAUUGUUUAAUCAUUUGUUACUUUCAUGUCCUUGAACUAUGUUUUAAGGACGUUGUAUAUUCUUCUCAUGCUGAAUGUGUAUUGGCUCUAUUCAUGCAAGACAUCCCUUGUGUGUCAGAUUUUUUUUAUUUGAAUAAUGAUGCAGCAUUACUGUGAUUGGAGGUUUUACUUAGCUUAACUUUCUCACUCUUGUAGUGCUUAUUUUCUUAUUUCUGUAUAGGUACCUCUACCCAUGAGUUUUUUUUUUAUUAUUUCAUUGCCGUUUAUCACUCUGUCAGCAGGAUUACACAAAAAACAACUGAAUGGAUUUCUUGAAGCUCUUGAAAGAUAAUGCAUAGUUUUACAAGUUUGACAGCUUCUGUGCUUUAGGUGCAGUUAUACAUACACAUAAGUACUGUAUUUAAGCAGAAGUUUCAGGUACAUCAGUAACUUAUUUUCUUUUAUUUCAAAGUCUACUACUCUAAACUUAAUUUCAGAUGGAAAUAUUAAAUAACUGUAAAAGCAUUCAAACCCUGAUUAUGUCAAUAGCCUUUCUGGAGUUUGAUGUUGUCCCAUGUUUCUCUGUGGUUUCCAUUUGGAAAUUCUCCGCACUGUCCAAAAACAUGUAGCUUACCUGGCAACUUAACUCCUAUAAACUGGCCACUGUGUUCCUACUACCGAAAAAUAUCAGCUGGGAUUUGAGGUACAGCUAAUUGAGGACUGGAUGGAGGGAAGUAUUUAAGAUUUAUAGAAAUUUAAGGGAUAAAGCCUGAGAAUUCCUUUUAAAGCUUGUUACCCCUUACAAACAAAAUACUUGGUUCAGAUGAGGUGUUAGCAGCUCCACCAACAAGAAAAGACAAAUGGUCAAAGUGGCCGAUGAUCCAAUGUUUCAAAGAACAAUAAACACUAAAAUGAGAAAAGCAAAGAAUGCUAAACAUUUUCCACUUUGUUCACAUCCUGCCUCUGCCUGCUGCAAAAUCCCUCACCUGAAUCCUGCAGAGGAUUUGUUGCUGUUGUGAGUAUGUCUGUGCAAAGAACAUCCUGCUGAGUAGUGAAUGUGUGAAAGGCAAACUGCGCAGAAUGUCUGGACCCAAGCCAUGUCUGAAAAUGACUUUUGAUAUUGUGUAACCGGCCCCUGGUGUGGGAACCACAGAACUAUGUAUACAACAUAUUGUAUUUAACAGCUCCACCUUGAACUGCUACUAGACUAAUAAAUGCAAUAUACACA